AAAGCGAUGCCAACUUUUGCCACUUUCCCCUCUCUUCUAUGUCUUUUUUUCUUGAUUCUCCACACCUUUGCAGCACCAAGUCCUACGUUGUUGUUUCAGGGAUUCAACUGGGACUCGUGCAACAAGCAAGGAGGGUGGUACAAUUAUUUGAUCAACUCUGUCUCUCAUCUCGCUGCUGCUGGGGUUACCCAUGUUUGGCUCCCACCACCUUCUCAAUCCGUCGCCCCCCAAGGAUAUCUACCAGGAAGGCUCUAUGAUCUAAAUGUGUCUGCAUAUGGAAACGAGGGUGAACUAAAAGCACUGGUUAAGGCUUUCAACGACAAGGGAAUUAAAUGCAUUGCUGACAUAGUAAUAAAUCAUAGAUGUGCAGAGAAGAAAGAUAGCCGAGGUAUAUGGUGCAUUUUUGAGGGAGGAACCGCUGAUGAUCGCCUUGACUGGGGCCCCUCCUAUAUUUGCAGAGAUGAUACAGCAUAUUCUAAUGGCAAGGGGAACCUAGAUACUGGCCUGGACUUUUCAGGAGCUCCGGAUAUUGACCAUCUCAAUCUGAGGGUUCAAAGAGAGUUAUCAGAUUGGAUGAAUUGGCUCAAAACAGAAAUUGGAUUUGAUGGCUGGAGAUUUGAUUUUGUGAGGGGAUAUUCUCCAAGUAUUACCAAGAUCUAUAUGCAAAAUACAUCCCCAGAGUUUGCUGUUGGCGAGUACUGGGAUAGCCUUUCCUACGGGCCAGAUGGAAAACCAAACUAUAACCAAGACAAUCACCGCAAUGCACUGGCUCAAUGGGUUCAAACUGGCGGUGGUGUUGUCACAGCAUUUGAUUUCACAACUAAAGGGAUCCUUCAAGCUGCUGUACAAGGGGAGUUGUGGAGAAUGAAGGACUCAAAUGGAAACCCUCCAGGUUUCGUCGGAAUUUCACCAGGGAAUGCUGUGACCUUCAUUGAUAAUCAUGAUACUUUCUCUCAGAAGAUGUGGCCAUUCCCAUCUGACAAAGUAAUGCAAGGAUACGCAUACAUCCUCACUCAUCCAGGGAUUCCGUCAAUUUUUUAUGACCACUUCUUUGAUUGGGGAUUGAAGGACGCCAUCUCGAAAAUAACAGCAAUCAGAAUAAGGAAUGCAAUCAGUGAAACAAGCAGUGUGCAGAUAGUAGCUUCUGACGCUGAUCUCUAUGUAGCGAAAAUUGAUGAUAAAAUAUAUGUUAAGAUUGGAUCAAGGUAUGAUGUAGGAGACCUUGUUCCACCAAAUUAUAAAGUAUCUACCUCUGGAACUGACUAUUGUGUAUGGGAGAAAAUUAAGAACCAGUAUAUAUAAUACUAAGAUUUAAGGUUGUUGGAUUGGA